UUUUCAUCUUGUUUUCCUGCUUCUAUUUUCUAGUUUUUUUUUCUUCUAGUUUAUAACUUUGGUUUACUUUCCGCCAACAGCUGAUACAUAUGUACCAGCUGUUUUUGUUUGGUCGAUUCCGAUUCGUGUAGCCGGCGGGAGAACUGGCAGUGCCAGGUGCCGCAAAAAGCACAACACACACCGUUUAUGGUGUGGCAGUUGCGAACACAAACACAAAUUUUAUAAAAUAAUUUUGAAUUUAUUACACGUUAAGUAUUUGUGGAAGCAUUUGUGUUUAGUACAUAAUAUGAUGAUGUGUGAUGCUCACGUUGUUGAGGCAGUGCAAAUUUGAGAGCCAAAUUAUCAAAAGGCGCAGAAAAUGGCGUACAGACGAUGGCAGAAAGAUCAGCAAUUGAGGAACCAUGCAUUCGAUCAAAGGGAGGACACUCACGUUAGGUCGCAAAUUGAUAUUGAUAGACGGGGUGAGGUCCUGCGACAGCAGAGAUGCGACCUUGAAGAGCAAAAUGCUAUGGAAUUAAAAUUCAAGGAAGAGCAGAAGAAAGCUAUGGAGGAGUUGGAAAAGACCAGGAGACAACAAGAGCUGCAGCUGGCCGCAGAAAAAGAGAGAAUUGAACAAGAGAAAAUGAAAGAGUUGAAACUGCGCCUGCAAAUUAGAGAACAAAGCGUUGAGCUCCGCGAGUUGAAGGCUCAUCUUGAAGCUGCAUACAUUACCAAGGAAUUGAUGGCCCAGAGAGCUGAGCGCGAGGCGCAGCGUCUGCGUGAAAGGGUCGAGGAGGCAAAGGAGCACAAAAGACAGCAGGAGCUUUGGGCAAACUACGACAAGCAGGAAAAAGAACACGGCGAGCAGCAGCUGCAAAGACAACGGGAGCAUUUUUCCCAGCUACACAAGCAGUUAGAAGAACAAAAUGAAAUCAGGCAAAAGGCGCUAGAAUUAAUUUUGGUCGAGAAGAAAAUUCUAGACGAGCUUGUUCUGCAAUACCAGGAAGAACUUGAACAAGAGAAUGUGGAGCAAAUGAUGAAAAUGCACGUUUUAAAGGAAGACAUCGAGUCAUUUAAACUGGAGCAGGAAGCUUGGAAAGAAGUGCAGAGAGUGAAAUUUGAAAUUGAAGAAAGACGAAUCCAAAAGUAUUUGGAGGAACAGGAAGAAACGAUGAAGCUAAGAGCAACGUUGGCUCAGAAGAAAGCUUCGGAAAAGCACAAGAUAGUCGAAGAGCUUGCUGAGCGCCUUGCAGAAGAGGCCAAACUUAAGUUCGAAAGGGAGCAGCUUUUGCAAGAGUUGGCCGCUGAGGAAGCUAGACAGAGGGCUGAGAGAGCCUCGAGACUGGAAUUUGAAAGAAGGGUAAAGCAGCGUCUGAAAAUGCGUGAAAUUUGGCUUCAAGAGGCGCAAGAAAGGCUGCAGCGGAUAGAGGAAGAAAAAAAGAAAGAUGCACAGUUUAGACAAGAGAUGAUGGAGAGAUUGGCGGAGCAGCAAAAGCUGGAGCAGCUCAGUGCAGCCAAACGAAGGGCAAAGCAAGCUGAGCACAGGAGAGCUGUUGAGCAACUUUUGGAUGACAGGAAAAAGCAGAGAGAGGAGGCAAAGAGAGAAGUGGAAGAACUUCAGAGACAGGAGAAAGAGGAGCUCAAGCAUAGGCUGGCUAUUAUUGAGGAGGAGCGUCUCAAGAUGCUCAAAGAACAUGCUGCAAAUAUUUUGGGUUUCCUACCGAGAGGCCUAUUGAAAGAUGACGACUUGGCCGUAAUUGCUGGACCGACCUCAGCCCCAGGAGUCAAAUGCUGACACCCACUUGCCAUUUGCUGCUGAGUAUCAUUUUAAUUUUUGAUGAUUGUUGGUGUUUAACAAACAGGCACAGUAAAUUUUUUAUAGGUUAAAAUUUAUUUUCAGUAAAAACACAAAUAACAAUAAUGCUCAAUGCGCUCAUUUUUUUUAUACAAAUAUGACCGAUAGGACCUUAUCUUACAAAAUUCAAAUGUUUCCACCUACAUGGUGCAACUAAGGUGUUUAACAACAUUCAUUAAAUAUUACAUUUAAAACAACAACUCUAAAUCAGUCCUCAAUUU